AUGACCAUCUGCUUUCUAACGUCCCCCAUUGUCGCCGCUACCCGCUAUCCUGCGUCUCGCUCUGUCCUUACCUUUUCCUCUACUGCUGGGGGCGGCACUCUCUCACGGUUGAUUCUGAACGCCACAGGGAUCUCCACCCCAAGGCGCAAUAUCUCCUCGACCUCGAAGAUGGCAGAGAAGUUCACACCGGCGCGCCGUGUCGCUGGCCAGAAACAGGAUGUCUGGUCGAUUGUCAAUGAAGCCGCGGCCGCUAGUCCUGUCCAGCCGAUAGUGAACAUGGGACAAGGGUUUUUUGGAUAUAACCCUCCCAAGUUCAUUCUCGAUGCGGCCAAGAGUGCGCUCGACAGAGUUGAAUGCAACCAAUAUUCCCCGACCAGAGGACGACCCAGACUGAAGAAGGCUAUUGCCGACGCCUACUCGCCUUUCUUCGGGAGGACCCUUGAUCCUGAAACUGAAGUCACCAUUACAACUGGUGCGAACGAGGGCAUGCUGAGCGCAUUCAUGGGCUUCAUAGAGCCAGGCGACGAAGUCAUUGUCUUCGAACCCUUCUUCGACCAAUAUAUCAGCAAUAUUGAGAUGCCAGGUGGUGUCAUCAAAUAUGUUCCUCUGCAGCCUCCGAAAGACGGCGCCGAGAGAACAUCCUCCGCCGCGAAUUGGACCAUCGAUUUUGAUGAGCUGGAAAAGGCAUUCAGCUCCAAGACCAAGAUGAUCGUCCUCAACACCCCGCACAACCCAGUCGGCAAGGUCUUCAGUAGAGAGGAGCUGCAGCGGAUAGGAGAUUUGUGUCUGAAACAUGAGGUGAUCAUUCUCUCCGAUGAAGUCUACGAUCGCUUGUACUACGUCCCAUUCACCCGUAUCGCUACGCUAUCCCCUGAACUCGCCGAGAUAACCCUCACAGUGGGUUCCGCAGGUAAGAAUUUCUACGCGACAGGCUGGCGCGUAGGCUAUUUGAUCGGACCGCCACACCUCGUUAAAUACGCCGCCGCAGCACACACCCGAAUAUGCUACUCAAGCGUUUCCCCGCUCCAGGAAGCCGCCGCCAUCGGCUUCGAAGAAGCAGACAAAGUAGGUUUCUGGGCCGACGCGGUCGACGAGAUGAAGGGCAAAAUGGAACGUUUCUGCCAGGUCUUCGACGAGUUGGACAUCCCCUAUUCCGUUCCCGAGGGAGGCUACUUCGUGCUGGCGAAUUUCAAGAAAGUCAAACUUCCCGCCGAUUACAAGUUCCCCGACCAUGUCAAGGACAGGCCGCGGGAUUUCCAGAUGGCUUGGUUCCUGAUCAUGGAGCUUGGGGUGGCGGCGAUCCCGCCGACGGAGUUCUAUACUGAUGAGAAGGCGCACCUCGCGGAGGAUUGGAUGCGGUUUGCCGUGUGUAAAAAUGAUGAUGUACUGGAUGAUGCGAAGAAGAGGUUGUUGGGUUUGAAGAAUUAUUUCUCUUCAUGA